AUGGACAAGGAAUCUUUUCGAGUUUUCGGCUUCGGCUUGGCCAUCCUGUUCGGAUGGAUGGUGGUGAUCGUCAUCUGUGCAUCUCCGCAGCUCUUCCGCGACCUCCUCAAACGGUACCUCUGCUGCUGGUUCGUCGAUGCCGACGAGAGGAAGAACAAGGAAAAAAUUAAGAUGGCAACAGCGCGCAUGCUGACGGCCAGACGUUCGAUAAUGGUCUCCACGAUGGCCGCCAAGCCAUCAGAGAUUAUGUUUGGCCAUCUUGGCAUUGGAACUAUCGCUGAGGAAUCCCGGGCAGGCACGCAGGGACCGGAGGACGACGCGGAAGAAAUCACCACCCUAAACCCUUCCAUUGCC